UCAUGGAAUCAAACACGUAACGGAUAACAUUAAAUUAUUUCGUGAAGAAUGAGUUGUUUUUCAGAUGUUCAAAGUUUCUACAUUCCGCAGGGAUUUCGAGACGUAAAGGAUAAAUUUAAUUUGAAAUACAAUGCUAGAGAAUAUCUAGAUCAGGUGGUUUCUUUAUGUACCGCCCCUACUACCUUAAACAAUUACAACAUUCAUUUUAAUGAUCAAGAACAAGAUGACAAUAAAAAACCGAAACGUAAAAAUUCCAAGUCGAAGGAGCAAGUGCGCAGUAGUACUGAUGAUGAAGAAGAUGGUCGUCACAUGAUAACAAAAGAUAAAUUAAAAAGCAAGGCAACGCCAAAAGAAAAAGGGGGUAGAAGAAGUACGCAAGACGAGGAGAUGGUAAAAACAGUGGAGCGUAGACAAAAAUCCUCUUUAUCCGACGAUUCCGACGACUACAUUAAAUCAGCAUUCAAAUCACGCAAUAGAGCAAGCUCGUCGGCAAGAAGCAGUUUAGAGGAUGAAAAGUCCUCAAAAAAAUAUAACGUCCCUUUUCAUGGUGCAUAUAAUGUCGAUCGUGAGUCGUCAGGCAAAAACGUUAAACGAAGAAGCACUUUCGAUGAGGAUGUGACUGUUAUACGUACAACUGAAGCAGAUGCAUCAGACGAUACGAUUGACGUUUACACACUAAUCACGAAAGAGAAAUUAAGCGAAAAGGCUGUACCAAGAGAUCCAACCACCAGACGCAGUACACUCGACGAACAGAUUCUCAGUUUAAUAAAUCCAUCGAGAUACUCGACAGACUCUGAAUCGAGUGGAUUGGUGAUAUUGUCCAGGGGAAAGUUGAAAUCAUCCUCGAAGAGUAAGGCCAAACGUAGCAGCAGUGAUGUGAAGUCGAAAACUCUGAAAGAUGCACAAGCUGGUUCAAGCAAAGAUGCCGAGAAGGAAAGCAGGAAGAAAUGAUGAAAUUUUUUAUUCUGUUGCAUGUUUGCUGAAAUAAAACUGUUUAACAUCUUG